AUGGCAUGUGAGAAUGAAAUCGCUAUUGUGGGCAUAGGCUGCAACUUUCCAGGAGGUGAAGGAAUUGACUGUUUCUGGAAGGUGCUGGAGAAUGGCAGAAACUGUACUACAGAAAUAUCUCCAGAAAGAUUUAACAUUAGAGCGUGGUCUGAUCCAGAUGAUAACAAUCCAGGCAAAAUGGGUGCAAGAUAUGCUGCUCUUCUUGAUGAAUGUACUGCAUUUGACAAUAAGCUGUUUGGCAUUAACGAUGAAGAAACGAAGCAAAUGGAUCCUCAACAAAAGCUGCUCCUAGAAUGUACUUACAGAGCACUGGAAGAUGCAGGAAUCACCACUGAAAAUAUCAGUGGCACCAAAACAGGGGUUUUUGUUGGUCUGAUGAAUCAAGGCAAUGAUUCAACAACCACCAGAGCAUGUGCUGCAGGAAGCAAUGGCUCAGGGACAGCCAUGAGGACAGCAGCCAACCAGAUUUCAUACACGUUUCAUUUGACUGGGCCAUCACUUGCCAUUGAUACGGCUUGCUCUUCUUUCCUCUCUGCUUUACAUUUUGGCUGCAUGGCCAUUAAACAAGGUGACUGUGAAGCUGCUGUUUGUGGAGCUGCAAAUUGCAUCAUGGAACCUUGGAAGCUGGUGUCUCUCUGUACAGAAAAGUCACUCUCUCCUGAAAAAAUCAGUGAACCUUCCUCUGGAAAGGCUGAUGACUGUGGAAGAGGAGAAGGUUGUGGUGUUCUUUUGUUAAAGCCACUGAUAAAGGCACAGGAAGAAUUCAACAAAAUAUGGGGUGUUAUCACCAGCAGUGCAGUCAAUCAAAAUGGAAGAUCUGGCACUACAGACAUUAGACCAUCUCAGCAAGGGCAGGAAAAGUUGCUGCUUAGCAUUUAUCCACUUCGUGUUGACCCAUCCACUGUGCAGUAUAUUGAAGUACAUGGCACAAGUACCCCUGCAGGAGACCUUAUAGAGACAGAGAGCAUAGGCAAUGUCAUCGGCAAAAAGAGGUCUCCGAAUCUGCCUCCUCUCAAGAUUGGCUCAGUCAAAGGGAACAUUGGACAUACAGGGUCAGCCGCUGGGGCAGCAGGAAUAAUCAAAGUUCUUCUCAUGAUGCACCAUGGAAAGUUUGUGCCGUCCUUGCACUAUUCAGAAAGCACUAGCAGCAUAAAUACAGAAGACCUAAACCUCUCCAUCCCAACAACAGUGGAAAAGUGGGAUGAGUCCCAUGAAUUUGGCAGAGUAGCUGGGAUCAACUGUUUUGCAUCUGAGGGGAACAAUGCUCACAUUGUUGUUAGACAGGUUAAGCAAACUCAUGUUAACCCUCCAAAUAAAAGGCCUGCUGAAUUAUUUGUCAUUUCUGCUGCUUCAAGUAAUUCUUUGAAAUUGGCAAUGGAAGACACAGCUAGACACAUUGACACAAGAAAUUCAGCAUUGCUUCCAAAUCUAGCCUACACAUCUGCAUGUAGAAGAAGCCACAGGAACCACGAAUACAGGAAAGCAUUUGUGACAUCCUCUCUGCCACACUUAGAACAGCAACUUCUUUCUGCAGCUGAAACGGAAACAGUUCCAUUAAAGAAACCUCCACAAUUCAUUUUUGUGUUCUCCAGUAAUGAGUCAGAUUUUAAAGGGAUAUGUAAAAACCUGCUGAGAUCUGAGCCAGUUUUUAGAAACAAAUGUAAUGAAAUCAAACAACUAUUUCAACAGAUUUCACCUAGUGGAAUUUGGGAAUUAACUGAAAAAGAACAUGUGGAUCUGUCAAAUCCUGAGAUAGCCCAGCCCCUGCUCUUCACAGUACAGGUGGCCUUGGUUACUCUUCUGCAGUACUGGGGGAUAAAGCCGAUUGCAGCGGUUGGCCAUUCGGUUGGUGAGGCGGCGGCUGCCCAUUGCGCUGGCCUGCUUUCCCUGGAAGAUGCUGUCAAAGUCGUCCAUCACAGGAGCCGGCUUCAGGCUAAGGUCUCUGGAGGCAAAAUGCUGGUGGUUGGGAACAUCCCUGUUGAAGAAGUGUCCGCGGCCCUGAGUGCAUAUUCAGGAAAAGUCUGUGUGGCGGCAUUCAACAGUCCUCAGUCUUGCACACUGUCAGGGGAUGAAGAGUCUAUCAGUGCUGCUCAGAAGCAUCUAGCAGAAAACUUUAAGAAAAGAAAUAUCUUUCUUCAUCUUUUAAAUGUGCCAGUUGCAUAUCACAGCCACAUGAUGGAUCCCAUACUAACAGAGAUGGCAGAAAGUAUAUCAGUACUGAAGAAAGGAAAGCUAAUAAUGGACCUCAUUUCUACAGCAACAGGGAAGGCUGCUUUAGGUGAUGAUUUUGUCACAGGCUUCUACUGGGCAAAACAGGCUCAAGAUCCUGUUUCUUUUGCAGAAGCCAUAAUGACUUCAGCAAAAGACAAGGGCAAUAUUGCAUUUGUAGUAAUAGGGCCUCAAAGAGCAUUCGAGAGGUACAUAACAGAAGCAUUAGGAGCACAGACUAGAGUUUUUCAUUCCAUGCAAAUUGAUAGACAAUAUGUGGUCCUUCUUAAUCUUAUAAAAGAUUUUUUUGAACUAGGAUUAAAUAUAGAUUGGCAUAAUUUUUAUGACAGUUAUCAAAGUGUACCAUCAGUUUAUCCCAGGUAUCAGUUUGAUCAUCAAAAGUUCAUGUCAUAUUGGAACAUGAACCAACAAGUAAGCAAUAGAGCUGUGAGCUCAAGUCAUCCUUUAAUUUAUAGUGCAAAUGAGGAGAACUCAGAAUUAAUUUGCUGCAUCUCUGAUACCCUGACACCCUAUUUAUACGAGCAUAAGAACCACAGUGUUGCUUUAAUUCCAAGUGCCUUUUUUGUGGAACUUGGCUUGGCAGCUGUGUUGACUACUGCAAGACCAAAAGUACCUUUAAGUUUUUGUCAGUUGAGUAUAACUUUUAUUGAACCAUGCACUUUAACUGGAAUUUCCCAAGUUUUGAAAAUAAAGGUGGAAUCACAACAAAGAAUGUCAGAGUUCAGGAUAUUAUCUGGAUCAGCUGAUACACUUUGUGUGUCAGGACAAGUCACAAAGUGUCCUGAAACAUCAAUUGAAGAAAAGAACAUAUCCUUAAAAAGCAUUUUGCAGAGGUGUAUAUCUCUUGUUAGCAAAGACAAUGUUUAUGAAUCCCUGGCACAGUCUCAGUUCCACUGCGGUUCCACUUUUAGGCAGCUAAAUGAUAUAUUUUAUUGUGAAGACUUGAAAGAAGCUAUAACAACUAUUAAAGUGAAAGGGAAAACUGUGGAAGAAAUGCAUGAAUAUUACAUUCAUCCAGUACUAUUGGAUGCUUUUCUACAAAUGGCAGGAAUUCUGGCUAUAAUUAAUUCCAAGAAGAAGGUUGUCUUUCCUUCUUGCAUAUGCAGUCUCACAAUAGCUAAAUCUUUGGAAGAGGAAAUGAUGAUAUAUUUAAAGACAACCAAGUCCACUGACGAUUACUUACAGUUUUGUGGCUGCUUCACAGAUAAACAUGGGUCUGUUUUGGCAGAACUGAAAUGUGUCCAGAUCACUUUUGUAAAGGAAAUUCCCAAGACAGAAAAUGUUUUGUUGUUUGAAAAUAAUUGGACAGAAAUAACUUCUGAUCAACCCAUGCAAAAUCUACCAAAAGCACCUAGAGUUGUGGUGUUUGCUGAUAAAUCUGGAAUUGCCCAGCAGCUCAAGAAUUACUUACACAGUGAGUCAAGGUUUGUUGCAUAUCAGGAAUGGGACAGAAUGUUGGUACCCAAGAAAGCAAACACUAAUGCACAAAUUAACCUGGAACUGCAGGGAUAUCAAGAUGUUGUUUUUAUGUGGGGUAUGAAGAAACUAAAUGAAUCUGUACCAGAGAAAGUGGUGAAAUAUUCUGUAAGGUGCUGUGAGGCAUUUCGCCAAGUUGUAAUUGCAUUAAGGAAGAAGAAGUCCCAGUGUUCCAUUACUAUAAUCACUUACAGGACAUCAGAAGGGAAAGUAGACCACAUCAAUACUGGCUUUGUUUUGUAUGGUAUGACUCGAACGUGUAUGGCUGAAGCCCCUGAUAUCACAUUUCAGAUUAUUGAUAUCAGCUCUACAAGCCCAAUAGAUAUCUCAGCUUUAGCAGAUGUGUUAGUAAAAUAUAAAGCCCAGGAAUAUCCAGAGGUCUGGAUUGAUGAAGGAAGAAUUUAUGCUUCUGAAAUUAGGCGCACUCAGAUUGAAACCACAGCCUUCAAUACACCUUCCCACCCUCUUCAGAGCUCAGAAUUGUGCAUUUUGUACACAGCAGAUCCAUAUAAUAUAAAUGAUCUCACAGCGCAAGUCACCAACUCAUGUAGUCAACUUGGAAACCACAGCAUUGAGGUUCAAAUUGAAAAAGUAAGCCUCCACUCAGAGGACUAUUUUCCUAUUAGUGUGUCCAGCUGUAAGUUUGGAGAAAUGUUGUACUGGAAUUCACAUACAGUAGAUAAGCAUCAACUUUUAGCCCUAGAUUUUACUGGCACUGUAACCGCAGCAGGUAUUGAAGUGAGAAAGCUAAAAGUGGGAGACCAUAUUGUUUCAUGUUAUCCAGUUCCAUCAGCUUCAAGAAUUAAUAUUCCAGGAACAGUUUGCUUCAAUACUCAAAAAUUUCCAUUCUUUAGAAACAUACCGUGCAUGUCAUUCUUCUACCUAGCAUGGGAGGUUUUGUGUAAAAUACUGCCAGUGCCAAAAUAUAGUGAAAUGUUAGGUAUUAUUUCCACUGAGCCUGACUCAGUUUUGUGCCAAGUGCUCAUUUUCUCAGCUCAGGAAUUAGGAUGGAAAACAAUAAGUACAAACGAUGCAACUGGGCUAUGGCAACGUGUUAAUCAGUGUAAUGCUCUGAUAUUCUUACCACCACUGAAUAGAAUAUUUAAAGAGGCCCUAACCUGCCUUUUCCAUCUUAGAGAUGUUGUGCUGGUUUAUGGUAAUGAACAGCCUGAAUGCUUGCGAUACCUGAUUGGAAGUGAUCAAGAAAGUAUCUGCAUCCAUAUUGUCAAUCUUAUCCAUACUUUUCAGAAAGCAUCUCUGAUCCGAUCCCAGAAGGAAAUCUACUGCUGGCUUAAAUCAAUGAAUAUGAAGCAAUUAAAACAUCUCCCACAUUCCUCUUUUCAGCAACCAGGAAUGUCUGAGAAGUCAGAUACUGCUGUAUCCUAUUUCAACUGCAAAAGUGUUCCAGUUGUAGUCCUAACAAGUGAAGACGACAGUAAAAUCUCAGAUAUUCCAGUGGUAGAAACAGAGAGAAGACUCUUUAAGCAGAAUGCUGCUUACAUAGUCACAGGGGGACUGUCUGGGCUUGGCUUACAAACUGUAAAAUUCAUAGCGCAGAAUGGAGGAGGUCGAAUUGUAAUACUUUCACGGAGAAAUCCGAGCCCUGAGAUUCAAAAUGAAAUAAAUGAUAUCCAGGAUCAGUGUGAAUGGAGCAGAAUAGUCAGCUUGCAAUGCAAUGUUAUUUUUAGUUCUGAAGUUGAGAAGGCUGUCAAGUCUAUCAGUAAAAUAUUUCCUAACUGCCCAAUCAAAGGUGUGUUCCACAGUGCAGUGGUUUUACAUGAUGGACAUCUUGAAACACUCACUAUGUCUCACUUUGAGAAAGUUUUAAACCCAAAGGUGGCUGGGGCAAUUAAUCUUCAUUGUGCCAUGCAAGGACGGGAGCUUGACCAUUUUGUAUGUUAUACAUCUUUUUCAUCAUUUCUUGGAAAUGCAACACAGUCAAACUAUGCAGCUGCUAAUUCCUUCCUGGAACUUUUUUGCCAUUAUAGAAGAAACAGUGGACUUGCAGGGCAGUCCAUUAACUGGGGUGCCUUAAACCUUGGCACUAAUCAAAAUAAUAUGUUACAAAUUCAAGGGUUGGAGGCUCUACAAGUGAAUGACAUCCACAAGUAUCUUAAAAGAAGCUUAAUUCUGAACAAUCCUCAGCAAGCUGUGGUAAAACUGAAUUUUCAAACUUUAGCUAAUCAUGUUUUAUUUCAAAAUUUGUCACUAAAGCAUCGUUUUAACAACUUUGUUUCUGAGGAGUUGUGUAGCAAUCUUGGCAGUGAUGUGACCCAGAAUCCCUUUCAGGAAGGACCUGUAGAUUAUACCAUCUCACUUUUGAAAAGGCUGUGUGAUCCAGUCGCUGUGGAUCUUUCAUUGCAUACACCACUUUCAUCAUUGGGCAUAGAUUCUGCAUUAGCCUCUACUUUACAGAACCGUAUCUUUAUGGAAAGGAGAGUGGAAAUACCCCUUGGGAAACUGCUUGAUCCUCAUUCAACUGUAUCAACUUUAAUCUUAUACUUGAAAGAAAGUUCCAGCACAACAGAUUCAGAUGGCUCAAAAGAUGCUGAUGUUGGAAGCUGGUUGUAG